UUUUCUUUCUUGGGAGCGAGGCCAGGCAUUGCCAAUUGCCAAUAGACUUUUCUAUUCAGAAGAAGCACAUUCAUCCGCAGCCUCCAAUGGCUAGCAGAAAAUUAGUUCGGGAUUUUUUGUUCUCCAAAAGACGACCCAUUUUCCAUCAGCUAUUAGUACCUCACCAGGUGGGUAGAGGUGCAACAAGUUUAAGGUUGGUCCAGGCAUAUGGCUACGCGGGUAAUCGCCAAUUCAGUGUAUUCAAUGAGUUCUCUCAGAAAUUCAAAGGCGAGUUUAACAGAAACAAGGAAUUCCAACAGUCAGUCAAGGAACUGAAAGAGAAAGCAGAAGAACUGAAAGGAGUUAAGGAAGAUUUAAAAACAAGAACAAAGCAGACUACCGAGCAGUUAUACAAGCAUGUGGAUGGUGUCUGGACAGAGGCUGAGUCUACAGUGAAAAAGGUUUAUGCAAAUGUGGAGGAAAAGGUUUCUGCUGCUAAAGAAGAGGUCAAAGAAACUUUUAAAUUUGAGAAGCAAGAAUCUCAAGGAUCAAAUGUUAACUCUGACAGUUGCAGCUCAAAUUCCAAAGACACAAAUCAUUCUACAGGAGAAAAGCAGCAACAGCACCAGCAAUCUGAUUUUCGUGAUACUGCAGAAACAGUUUUUGGCAAGGUUAGGUAUGCUGCUUCUUCCUUUACUUCAAAAGUCUCGCCAUCCAUCCAGAAACUAAGGGAAGCAAAACCGAUUGACUUAGCAAAGAAGGGGUAUGCUAUUGUAGUGGAUGAAUUGAAAGGUACUGCGAGCAAGAGGAAGCACCUUGAAGCUCCUGUAGAAUCCCCACAAGCAAACAUUCAGCGGAGCACAAGGACUGACGUUGUUGUUUUACCCUCAAAAAAAUCCAGAUGGAGUAAGAAUUGGGAGGCUUUCAAGGAAAAAAUGCAAGGCCACCCCCUCUUUAAGAACAUCAGGGGAGCAAGUGAACCUGUAGUUACAAAGAGUCAAGAGAUUGCAGAGGAUAUUCGGGAAAGAUGGGAGACUAGUGAUCAUCCUGUGGUUCACAAAAUCCAAGAUUUAAAUGAAACCGUCUUUGGGGAGUCAAGUACAGCAAUGUCAUUUAAGGAAAUACGCCGCAGAGAUCCGACAUUCUCUUUACCGGAUUUUGUUGCGGAGGUUCAAGAAGUGAUCAGACCAGUCCUCGAGGGUUUCUAUAAAGGAGACCUUGAAUUGCUGAAAAAAUAUUGUAGCUCCACGAUGAUUGAGCGGUGUAAAGCGGAGCAUAGUGCUUUCAACAGCCAGGGUUAUGUUUUUGAUAAUAAAAUACUUCAUAUAUCUGAAAUUGAAGUUCGAGAGACAAAAUUGAUGGGAGAAACUCCCAUCAUCAUUUUAGCGUUCCAAACACAGCAGGUCUAUUGUUUACGCGAUAAACUGGGAUCCAUAGCUGAAGGGGGGAAGGACGCGAUUCACACUGUAUACUACGCUUGGGCGAUGCAACUCGUGGAUCCAGAAGAGGUUGGCGAGGGCGCAAUUUAUCCGGUUUGGCGGCUCAGAGAGAUGCAACAGUUUGGUGUUGCUGCCCUUAUAUAACACUUUCUGCCUCAUCACCAUUUGAGUGGAGAUAGCUGUUGUAUCAGCCUGUUUGCAGUUCAUACUCUCCUGGUGGAGAAAAUUUUGGCAGAAAAACUUAUUGUUAUAAUUUAUAAACUGAACUCCAUCAUUUUACUGCUGGGUUCAUUUGUUGACUUGACAUGGUCCUCCAUGAUCACCCUAACAUUUUUUCAUUGUACUGUGUAUCUUCAUCUUCCAAUUAUCUCAUAAAAUAACCACUACCAUCUGUUUCAUAUGCAUUGAGUUUUAUAUAAAAGGAGAAAUCGCACUUUUGGUUA